AAACAAAAGGGAGAAGUGAGAGUUGCUUGCCAGUAUGCAGUACUUCGACAAUAGAGUAUUAACAGAUUUAUAUGAAAUGGUAUGUGCUUUACAUCACAAUGAACUUAUCAUAUCGUGAACUGAUGAUAUUCCUAAGCUCAAUCUUGAUUCUUGUGAAUGCUGGAGAAGGACAGGAAUGUGCCAUGAUAAUAAAGAAUAUGGAAUACUCAUGUUCUGGGAGAAAUCUGACUCACAUUCCCAGCAGUCUUCCCUUCACUGUGACGUCUCUGGAUUUCAGUUUCAAUUUCUUGAACUCUUUACAUAAGUGUGUAUUUCCUGUAUUGUUCAAUUUGCAAGUUUUGGACCUCACAAGAUGUCACAUCAAGCACAUUGAAAAUGAUACUUUCUACAAUGUGAAGAAUUUGACUACUUUGAUUCUCACUGGAAACCCUAUUACAUAUUUUGGACCUGGAUGCUUGAAUUCUUUACAUUAUCUACAAAGACUAGUUCUUGUGGAUGUUGGUCUCGCGUCCUUACAGCUUCAAAUGAAUAACCUUACUAAGCUACAGGAACUUAGAGUUGGAACAAAUAACAUCCAGUCCGUGUCUCUCCCUCCAUUCAUGAGCUCCUUUAAAGAUUUCAGUUUACUUGAUCUACAUGCCAAUAAUAUAUCCAUCAUUAAAACUGAUCACACUGUUGUGUUGAGAAAGAUUGGCAGAAACAUGACUUUGAUUCUCUCUAGGAAUCCAUUAUUACACAUUGAAUCAGGAGCUUUCAAAGAUGUCUAUCUCAGAGAGCUUCACAUACAAGCUGCCUUCGUUUCAUUAAAUGCACAAAAUGGGUGUCUAAAUGCUCUUACUGGUCUCAGUGUGGAUAAGUUGUUCAUUGGAAGUUACAGGAUGCAAUGGAAAAUCCAUGUGUCAGAUUCAAAUUAUCUUGAUGGUCUUUGUUCUGUUAAUUUCAAUGAAAUAUAUCUUGUUCAGAAAGAAUUCUCUGAUUCUGAAAUGAAUUUGUUCCAUUGUAUGAUCAAUGCGACAAAAAUCACAGUGAAAAGCGGAUAUUUCAAAAGAAUGGAACAUGUUCCAUUUCACCGUCUUAAGGAACUGUAUUUAGGUCACACUUCAUUAUCUGUUGUACCAAUUGUUUCACAUAUACCAAGCUUAGAAAAACUAGUGGUGAAGAAUACUGUGCCUCUAUCCUUUAUUGGUAUUGGUAUUGGUGUCAGUGACCUGUCUCUUCUUCAGUAUGUUGAUUUGAGUGGAAACUUUUUGAUUUUGAAGGACUGCUGUUACCAAUUUUUUCCAAGGGCACCAAAUAUUCGAUUCUUGAAUCUUAGUCAAAACUCAGAGAUAGGGAUGGUUGAUAACCCAUUUUCUGGACUUGAAAUGCUUGAAGUGUUGGACCUCCACCAUACAAAACUAGUCAUUGUUUUUUACUUUGGAUUUUUACAAGGUCUAAAAAAUUUAAAGUAUUUGGAUAUUUCCUACACAAGUAUUACUGUAACAAUGUACAUGAUUUUUCGGGACCUGCAACAUUUGACUGUGCUUAAAAUGGCGGGAAUCAGUUUCAGUGGAGAUAUAUUGAAAUCUUUCUUACAAAAUCUUACACAUUUGGAAGUUCUUGACAUCUCACACUGUGGCAUCGGAGAAAUCUCCAGGACAUCCUUUACCGGCACGCAGAAACUAAGGCAUUUAUAUUUAAGUAAAAACAAGUUGAUGAUUUUGGACUUUCUGGCCCAACCAGAGCUGAAACAACUUACAUCAAUUUUUAUCGAUAAGAACAGCAUUACUAGCAUCCCACUUCAUGUUCUCCAAAAGUUGCCUGCAAACCUUUCAGAGUUUGAUUUGUCCUCCAACCCCAUCGAUUGUUCCUGCUCCCAGACAGAUUUUAUUAUGUGGAUCAUCCAAAAUCAGAACAUUUUGAAGCAAUCAGAAAAUAUUUUCUGUAAAACCUUGUCACCAAGCUCAGAUUUUAGAGCAGUGGACUUUGACAUUGACAGCUGUGUGCAAAAGAAAAGACUCACAAUUGUUGUAUCAUUAUGUAUUGUUUCAUUAGUAGUUGUGUUAUCAGUCUUGGCUUAUAGGUACCAGUUUUAUCUUCAGUAUUGCUGGAUUCUUUGGAGAGGCUACAGAUCACCUGGACAACAAGAAUGUUCCUAUGAUGCAUUUGUGAUUUUCUCCAGCUAUGAUGAAGUCUGGGUCAUGAAUGAACUGAUGGAGAAUCUGGAGAACGGUGUUCCACCUAUUCAUCUUUGCCUUCACAUGCGGGACUUUCAAGCAGGGAAGUCCAUCGCCUCAAACAUUAUUGAUGAAGGAAUAAUGGGCAGUCGUAAAGUCAUUGUGGUUGUGUCUCAACACUUCAUUGAUAGCGCCUGGUGUCGCUUUGAGUUUGAAUUAGCUCAGUCCCGGUUUAUGAUGGAACGCAAUGCCAACAUCAUCAUCGUCAUUCUGGAAGAUGUGGAAGAGACGAAGACUAAGAAAGUGUUUGGUCUUCAUAAGCAUCUGAAAAAGAACACGUACUUGAAGUGGAGAAGGGGCCCUUUGAGUAACAAGAGAUUCUGGAUACGGCUCAGGAGAGCUAUUAGCCUAUAAAGCAAUAAUCUGAGCAUGUAUACAGUAUAGGCUACAUGUGAAUGUAUUGAAUUUGAUC